AUGGAAAGUCAAAUGGGAAUGAUUAUGGAAGAACUAAAGCAGAGUAGACCUAUUAACCCAUUGGAGCCUGUAUUAAUUGAGCCAGAGUCCAAUGAUGACACCAAGUUCAGUUCAUAUUUGGCAACCUUGAUGUCAGACUUACCAAAAAAGAAAAAAAGAAUUCUUCGAGGACAAUUGAUUGCUAUUGUCAUUGAUCAAAUCGAUAACUAA